UGUACAUAUUGAUAUUGUUUCUCAUGAAAAGUCAUUGGAAGUGGUUAUAUGUAGGACUGCUUUCACUAGAAAUAACUAAAAAAUUUUGAAGUAAUUUAAAGAAGGCAUGCAUUAUUUAAACACUUAUUAAAAGUCUGUACACAUUUUAAAUUAAAUAAUGGUCUUUAUUUGUAGGACUCUGAAGAUAUCUUUACCAAGCAAUCUAUCUCUAUUAUUACAGAGGAACCCAAACAACCAUGUCAACAUAGUCAAAGUCAUUUGUCACCCACUGGCCACUAUACUGGGCUAUUGUUACAGUUUGACUUUGCAUCAAAUGUAUCAUGUCAGCAAUCCUUUGUUGUUCAUGAUUAUAAUGCAAACAAAAGAACAAUUAUGCAUAAUUCAUUUGUAUUUGUACAUCGAUAUCCCCACCUAUUGCUUGAUGGCUAUGGUUGGAUAUUGUGCUGCUCAUGUGAUGCAAAUAGAAAGCAAUUUGUUGAUGCCCUACCUAAUAAUAUACAAUUAGAUCCUCAAAAAGAUAUACCAUAUCCGAGUUGCAUACACAUAUUAGCAAUGGAAAAAUAUCUGGUUGUGUAUGAUAGAAAGUUUGGUAUUGAAGCCAAAGAUUUUAUUGAAAAAAAAUUUUUUCUAGAUAACUUUCACAAUCCUGAUGUGGCGUAUGUCGUAAACAGUUUGUCAACGCAUGUCAUUGCCACCGUUAUGUUGGUUUUGCUCUUUGCUUUCAAGGUAAUGGUUGUACUGUUAACUUAGUAUUAAUUACUGCCGAUGAAAGAGGAUCUUAAAACCUCUCAAAAAGCAGAAAUUUGUAAUCUAGAGAGCUUCGGGUUUUUGUCAAUACGUCUAUCUACUGGACCUU